AUGAGGAAACGACUGGGCCCACCAACUUCAGACUCCAUUAGUAUUAGUAAGCUGAAUUUGUCGCUUCAUGUCGAACUGAAGCCUGAGGGCCCAAACCACGGUACUAGCCAGACGAUGCCUUCACCCAAAGCCAGGCCAGCUAGAAAGCAUCAGAGACCUGUCUUCGAUCAGGAGACGCAAUUAACGAAAAUCUGUACUGCUAUUGCAGCCAAACGUCAUGCGAAUCCCAAGUGGCAAUUGUCGGUGCCGACCAAGCAUGCGCAGCCAGACGGCGACACUGCUUCACUGCUGACGGUGGAUGCUGGCGACGAGCCUAUCGUCACACAUGAACAGACAUCAGUCAGCGACAACUGCAGCAAAACCAACGUUUCCCAAGGCAAAGACACUACGCAUAUUCGACAUGAGGCUUUGGUGCAAGUAGAGCAACAGACGAGACCUGUUGAAAAGCUCUCAUCCCUGCAACUGCACCCUUUAUAUCGCAGUCAUACCCGAUCUGAUAAUAACAAAGAGUUGUCUCCGAGCAUGCAUGAAGAAGAAUACGGCUACGAUGCAGUUGAUGGAACUUAG